AUGACAUCUAUUGAUAACAGUUCUUCUAGCAUUACUGUCUGGAGCGAUUCCGCCGAUCUCGAACACGGUCCUCCACACAUCGAGCGCGUUGUUCUCCGAGUCAAUGGUCUCAAGUCGGGGUGUUGUGGAACGAGUGUCACCAGAGCUGCGAGCCGGAUCUGCUCCGUCAAGAAACACCAACUGAACCUGGUCACUGCACAGCUUGAUUUGGAUUUGGAAACCAAUCAACCACCCGUUUCCAAUGUCAUCAGGCAACUGAACAACAAGACUGGAUACACUUUCGUCCGGCAAAUCCCAUGGACGGGACAGACACUGGACUUGGUUACCGGCAAUUUGGAGAGAAUUCAAGAAGCCCGCAAACCUUAUGGUGUCAUCCAUCUCGAGUCAUCGGAGAACCAAACAUCUUCAUCAUGGCAAUUCUUGAACGGUCAUGACAACACAGUGCCCUCUGUAACACCACCUCCGAGAGCGAGAACCACGAGGCUGAGAUCACAGAUCACCAUAAUAGAUUCUGGCAACGACAAGAAAUCGCUCAAGGCAGAGACCCCAACGGCAUACUUCUCUCAGUUGGUCCAGAUACACUAUGAUGCGACUACAGUGGGAGCCCGGGACCUUUUUGAUUACUAUCGGAGAUUCGAUCCAUCGCUUAGACUGGCUCCUCCGUCCAAGAGCACUAUUUUGAGUGCUAGGCUUGUACAAAUAACGCUUUGUAGCUUUCUAUUAGCAGUAGCGCUCACUGUGCCCAUUCUUGCAUUUGCCUGGGCACCUCUGAAGCCGGGGAAAUCCACGUACACACAUAUCUCCUUGGGGCUGGCUACCGCAGUGCAAUGUGUCGCCAUGUACGAGUUUGUCCCAACUACUGCACGAAUGUUGUAUCACGCUCACUGGCUUCACGAGGACAUGUUGAUCGCGUUGGGUACAUCAAUGGCAUAUAGUCUCAGCGUCGUAUCGUACGUCUACCGACUGAAAAGAAAAGAAUUGGACACGAUCUCACCCUUCCAGACGUCGACACUGUUGGUAACUUUUGUGCUCUUGGGCCGUGUGGUCAACGAAAUCGCCCGCUACCAAACGGUAGAGUCUGUGUCUUUCCGCUCUCUUCAGACUGACGAGGCGCUUGUCGUCAAAUCAGAUCCAAAUGCACCCAUGGAUCCUGAUCCAAAGACCAUGAGAAUAGAUGCUCGACUGCUCCAGCACGGUGAUCGAUUCAAAGUCUCACCGCAUUCCAAAGUCGUCACAGACGGCAUAGUCAUCUGCGGCGGCUCAGAAGUCGACGAGUCCAGAGUCACGGGCGGGUCUAUACCCGUUGCCAAAGGCGUUCAAUCUGUGGUGUAUGCAGGCACCACAAACGGUUCUGGAACGCUCAUUGUCGAAGUGACCGCUCUUCCACAUGAGAAUACAAUACACAGGAUUGCAACAAAGCUCGAAGACAGGGAGCUUGUCAAACCGAGGAUCCAGGUCAUCACAGACCGCAUAGCUGUGUGGCUGGUCCCUGCCAUUGUCACAGUCAGUCUGGCCACAUUUCUCGUCUGGCUCUUCGUGCAGAGAUAUGACAGGCAGUCGUGGGAAAAAGCAGUAGCAACAGCAUCUUCCUACGCUAUCCCAACCCUCGUCAUCACUUCCCCAUGCGCCAUCCGUCUAACCGUACCCACAAUCUUCCUCGUUGCACGUGGCAUCGCAGCCCGCCACGGCAUCACCAUUCGCAACCCCCGCGCCCUCGAAUCCACACGCCUUGUCACCGACGUCGUCUUCCAAAUCGACACAGAAAUGGACAAUCUCAGCUCCUCACCCAUGAAACCCAAACCCAUCUACCCUCCCCCAUCCCUCGCCUCCACCCUGCUCAAUCGAGGCAUAGCCGUCCACACAAUCGAUUCCGCACAACAGACACAUUACCUCGAGAAGCUGCAACAACGAAAGGGCAGCGUCGUGCUCCUCGUAUGCACCAACGCAGACGCCGACAUGCAAACCCCCGACCUCCCCACCGUCGCCCUGACACUGCACAAGAAGCCCCCACCGUCCACAUCCCCCCCAACCACACCCAUCCUCACAACCCCAAUCCCACCCCCACCACAACCAGACAUUACCCUCCCCCACCCCCUCAUAACCCCCCACCUCCUCCCCUCCCUCCUCACCCUCAGCACCACAACCCACCGCCUCACACGCAUCUGCCUCGCCUCCGGUGCUCUGCACCUCUUUCUCGCGCUGGCUCUAUCGAGCGGUUUGUUUGGCCUUGGCCUUGCGUCUGCAGUCCCGGGUUUAAAGGGGCAUUGGGAUGGCAGGGUAGUGGCGCCAUGGGCUGGUUUGGGCGGCUUGUUGGGUGGAGGGGUGGUGUGGGUUGGGGCGUGGGGUGUGGAUUGGGUAUGGGGAUGGGGAUGUGGGAGAAAAGGGAGGGGCAGUAUACUGAAUUAG